AUGGACACCGUCAUGGAACCUGCGGCUCCCGGAGCCCUGCACGCCUGCGCCGACGACGACCUCGCCGAGCUGCUCACCGCCGCCGGCGCCGAGGAUACUAUCUGUUGUGCCCCUGAGUUCAAGAUGGGUGGAAAGAAGAGCGAUGAAGCUGCUCCUACUGAUGCUGGCGAUGAAGAUGGAGAUGAUGAUGAUGGGGAUGAUGAUGGUGACUUUGCGGAGGGUGAAGAGGAAAUCUCAGAAGGAGAGGAGUAUGACAAUGCUAAGGGCAAUGAUAACAAGAAGAAACAAAUAGGUGAUGGUGAGGAGAAUGAUGGAGUAGAAGAGGAAGAUGACGAUCAGGACAACGAGGACGAGGAGGAAGAUGACGAUGAAGACUCGCUCCAGCCCCCAAAGAAGAGGAAGAAGUGA